UUCUGGGAACUAGCCAGGCUCCCUCAAAGGGCUCUGGGAACUACACUUCCCGUUGAGGGAACGGCUCCAGCAGGCCGCGCGUUACGGGGGCGUCAGACUACCCGCACCAGCGCUACAGAGUGUUUGAGGGGCAGGCCGAAGGAGAGUCUUUUCCUUCACUCUGCGCUCAGGCGGUGCCGAUUCCGCCUUAUCUCGCCCCACGGCCGUGCGCUCAUUGCCCGGCUCCCCGUGUCAGCUUUUCCUGGGUCCCUCAAGGAGUUGGGGCCUGGAGGUUCGGAGGUAACGGCCGCUGCCUUGCGCGGGAGCGAGGGGCGCUCCCUUCUUCAGCCCAGCCAACCCCGCACCCAGCCCUUGCCUCCAUGGGCCCAACUCGGAAACCCAACGUGUGCCGCCAGCUGAGUCGCCGGGCGCUGGGCUUCUUCUCGCGGGACGCAGGCGUGGUGCAGAGGACGAACCUGGGCAUCCUGAGGGCGCUGGUGUGCCAGGAAAGUACUAAAUUUAAGAAUGUGUGGACAACUCAUUCCAAGUCACCUAUAGCCUAUGAGAGAGGAAGAAUAUAUUUUGACAAUUAUCGGUGCUGUGUCAGCAGCAUUGCAUCAGAGCCAAGAAAACUUUAUGAAAUGCCAAAAUGUUCCAAAUCAGAAAAAAUAGAGGAUGCAUUAUUAUGGGAAUGCCCAGUGGGGGAAAUACUUCCCAAUCCAUUAGAUUAUAAAUCUUCACUCAUAGCACUGACUGCUCAUAAUUGGCUGUUUCGCAUAUCAGCAACUACUGGAAAAGUCCUAGAGAAAAUCUAUCUUGCUUCAUAUUGCAAAUUCAGAUAUCUGAGCUGGGACACUCCUCAAGAAGUCAUUGCAGUCAAGUCAGCUCAAAACAAAGGCUCAGUAUUGGCCCGGCAGGUGCUCAGUGGCAGCAAAUGCACAAACCACUGUGAACACUCAGAGGAUUGGCCUUCUGGUCUUUUCUCAGGUGAUAUCUACCUUUCCCCUCAGAUUUUCGGGAACGUUACAGAUGCUACCUUGUCUCAUGGAAUACUAAUUGUGAUGUACAGCUCAGGACUGGUCAGACUCUAUAGCUUCCAAGCCAUCACUGAACAGUUCAUGCAACAGAAACUUGACUUAGGGUGUGCAUGCAGAUGGGGUGGGACUGCUGGAACUGUAGGAGAGGCUCCUUUUGGCAUUCCUUGUAAUAUUAAAAUCACAGACACACCUCCACUGCUCUUUGAGGUAUCCUCCCUGGAGAACGCUUUUCAGAUUGGAGGCCAUCCUUGGCACUACAUCAUCACACCUAAUAAGAAGAAACAGAAAGGAGUUUUCCAUAUUUGUGCCCUGAAAGAUAAUUCCUUGAAUGAAAACUUACCCGUUGUUACAGCUUCUGGACGGGUGGUGAAAAAAAAUUUUAACCUUCUGGAUGAUGACCCAGAACAAGAGACUUUUAAAAUUGUGGACUAUGAAGAUGAGCUGGAUUUGCUUUCCGUGGUAGCUGUUACCCAAAUAGAUGCUGAAGGAAAAGCUCACCUGGAUUUCCACUGUAAUGAAUAUGGAACUUUACUUAAAAGCAUUCCACUAGUGGAGUCAUGGGAUGUGACCUACAGCCAUGAAGUCUACUUUGACAGAGACUUGGUACUACACAUAGAACAGAAACCAAGCAGGGUCUUCAGCUGCUAUGUUUACCAGAUGGUAUGUGACCCUGCUGAAGAAGAAACAACAAACAGAAGUUGUGAAAAAGAGUGAGAUAAUUUUAAAUUUUGAGAUGUAACUUCUAAGAUUUUUAGCCACAUACCCCCGCAGCUAUGUCCAGUCCUCCUUUUUGUUAUCUGCAUAGAAAGUUCUCCAGUAUUUUCUAGAAAAAGCUCUUGUGUUGACUUCAGAUGACUGUGACUUCUUUUUUAAAUUCUUGCCAUACAAGGGAUGGUAAGGACUUCAUUUUAUGGAUUUUUUAGAAUGACAUCCCAAGAAGUCUAACAUUUUAGAGCUUUUAGCUUGGUGGUGAUGCAAAUAUAAAGUGUUGGGGAGCACAAAAGACAAGUUAUUUUCAAUUGUUGGGAGAGGGUUAUUGAUGGAGAAGUAUUUAACAUGGUUCUUAAAGUAUGGUAUGGAAUUUUGAUAGGUAAGACUAGGCAGGAGAGACAAAAAGAAAUACGGAGAAGAUACAGAAACAAAUCCUCUAUCCUCUAUACCAAAGUUUGCCUAAGGGUGAGAAAAGAGACCUGUAAUGUGAACGAAUAUUUUUGAGCCAUAAAUGUGUCAUCACAUUUUUUUCAAUCACAUAUAUGUGUAUAUAUAUGUUUUGUAUUUAUAUAUAGCAUUAGGAAUUGGCUCUAGUUCCCAGAUUAUCUUUUCUUCCAUGGUUUUAUUCUCUUGGCUUGGUGUUCCCAUUGAUUAUUUAUGUUUCUAUCAUAGACUAAUGUAAAAGAUUCCAAGCAAACUUUAAGUGAAAUUUUUUUCUGAUAUGUAGCCUGUUCAGCUCUAAAUGCAUCUAAGAAUGUUGUAUUCAUUUCACCAUUCUAUUUAUUUGGUGAGUUUUCCAAUUCUGCCUAGGCAAUAUUUUCAUACCUAUGCAAUAAGAUAAAGGUAUCCUGGAUCCCACCAGUUCUGCUCCUUGUAGAAGAGUAGAUAAAGCCUCAAUUCCUACUGGCUUGGGAAUUGACUGAUUAGCUAGAAAAGGCUUUUCGCUCUAUCUUAGUUGUGAAAGGAGUAUUUUUUUCUUCUUUGUUAGGACCAAUCUAAAUAUAAUCCUUGAACUCAGAUAAUCAGUCUUCAGAUUGUUAAAUAAAAGCAACCUAAGGGAGAAAAUUGUUUCUUUUUGCUUCCUGUUCGAGAAAUCCAGUUGCUGCAAUCCACAUGUUCAGCACAUUUCUCUGAUUCAGCCUCAAAAGACUAGUAAAAAUAGAAGGGGAGGAGACAGCAAUAAAAAUCAUUGCUGAUUCAAAUUUAAGUUUAAAAUAUGGGAUCCUAGCUUGGAUAAUUUACAUUAAAAUCAUUCGGUUUUGGGGGGCA